GAGGAGGAUCCCAACAAGCGUCGCGGCCGCCAGGUGCUCGACAUUGAGAUUAACUUUCGCCCCAGCGACGAAGGCCGCGACUUUACCCGCCGCGGUGGCCCCGGCGGAAGAGGCGGACGAGGCGGUCCGCGCACUCCGCGCCCUGAUGGCGGCGAACGUCGUGGCGGAGGAGAAGGUGGAGAACGUGGCCCGCCAGGCGAAGACCGCCGUCGUGGUCCGCCACGCGGCGAAGGCGGCCCCGGUGGCCCUGGCAGUGCUGAGGGCGGUGGCCGUGCUCCUCGAGGAGGCGCCGGCGGCGGUCGUCCCGACCGCGGCAGCGGACGUGGCGGAGGUCGUGGUGGUCAGGGCGGCGGUCGCUUCCAGGCGGCCCCCAAGUUUGACGACCUGAACGACUUUCCGUCGCUCUAA